AUGUUUAAAAACAAAACUGCUUGGUUUUCAAACAGCGUAAGGAAAGAUAUUCCUAGGUUUUGGGUGUCUCAGGGUGGAGUUAUCUCCAGCUGGAAAACAGCAGAUUACCUCUUCAGUGAUGACGCUUACUGUCCCGAGACUAAAAGGAUACAUGUUAGUGAUGCCUAUGCUAUGGACAGAGCCACAGUGUUCCACAGCUCCUAUCUCUCAACUUGCCGACUACGACAGAGCACUAAGUCUGUGCCGCUUGGUCACUAUAUGCUGCCUCCUGCUUCUGUACAGAGAGAGGUGAGAGCCAUGAUGGGAAGAUUCAUUUGGGAGCAGGAUGAGUUGGAAGAGGUUACGAUACAUGGAAACAGAAACACAGAGCAGACUGUGAAUGCUCAUCCUGAAGAUGGAAGAAGUCUGAAGGAGAAAGGAAAGAUAAGCCAGGAAGACUGCAUGAACACAUCUCCAUCAAGGGAUGAGCCAGUCUGCUGUGACGUGCAAUUCUAUCCUGUAAACAACAUGGUUUCAGGAUAUACACAUAUUGACCAGCUCGAGAAGUACUCUGGAGAACUACAUGACUUCCUUCCCUCCCACACUGGUUAUUCAGUCUCUAGGACACACAGUAGGAGACAUCGUUAUCAACACAAACUGGGGCAGUUUUAACACAUUUUAAUUUAUUUUUAAGGCUAGAAACUGUUUACCAUUUUAACACUCUUGGGGACAUUGAGAUAAGACCUGGUUAUAAUCUUAUGUUAAUGAGAGUUUGUGAUUCAUUUCAUGGUGCUUCAGCAUUAUGUAAGCUUCACAUAUCCAGGCAAGAUAAGUAUACCAUUUGUAGAUGUCCCUGUUGAAAUGCCAUGCUUAAUUUCAGAUAUAACCAGAUGACUGUAAAUAAAUGAAUUCUGCAAACUGGUUUUUAUCUAUAAGUCUGUUGCUCUAAUGCUCCAAGGCAACAGAGCCUGAGAUGACAUCAUGUUCUGAAAUAUGCAUGUUGCAAAUGAGAUAUUACACAACCCACAUGAACCAAUCCAGAUACUUUAUCAUAUAACAUGCAGACCUGUUUUUUGUUGUGUAAAUCAAUGGUGUCCAGUCAUAUCUGCAAAACUCUGGUGUAGUUUUUCAUUCCAACAAAGCAGGAGUACACAUCAUCAGUUGUUUGAAGACUGAGACCAACUGAACAAACAAAUGGAAUCAGGUGUUGC